UUUGAUUUGUUGACGAUACAAUAUCCAAUGAAAGAAUUUGCCUUCUAGAGUUUCUAGCUAUCGACACUUUUGUCUCUAGAAAGCGAAGUUUUCGAUUGGAUUAUACGUCGGAUGUCAUGCGCAGUAUUCCGUAUAUUAAGCAGAAAGAAUGAGAAAAAAACUGAGAAGUACGAUAUACGAGACAGUAUGAGAGAUCACUGAUGCUUGAUGCAUCUUGCAAAAAGAACCGGGUCUUGCAUGUAUAUUUGUUUUUUUUUUGUUUCUUGAGUGACAAUAAAAAACAUACGAAACAAGAGUACGGUGUCAUUCAAUCACAAGAUGCUUUUCUUUUUGACAUUGUGGUUUUGACAAUCUAUUUUACGUGAGACAGUACUAUCUCCAUAUACACGGUUUAAAUUUUCUACAAAUUUUACAAUUUUGUCUUUGUUAUCUUCGUAUACUGUUGCUCGAAAAUAGAAGGCGUGGUGUAUUUCCAAUGAGGAUUUGUGAGAUACUCGUUGACCCCUUUGCAUCUUACUAGGUGCCUGUAGUACUUCAAAUGGAAACACAAACAGAAAAUCCAAGCACUACGGAUCGUUUAGACAAUACCAAUGUACCUGUGAUAACAGCUAAUUUAGAGAUGCUCACUAUAGAAACUAACCCUUUGCCUACAGAAACUAAAAGGAUUCUUAGGAAAAGAGUGCCCAAAUCUGUUCCUACAGAAAUCCUUAAUCGAAGGUGUAGCCUCAGGCCAAAGAAGAGGAAAAUCAAUGACGUGGACACAGAAGAAAAAAUGAUCAAGGAGUAUUAUUUAGACAAAAAAAUUAAUAAGAAAUCAAAUCUUGAAACCAUAUAUGAAGAAAAUGACAAUCUGAGUAAUGAUACUGCAACAUGUAUGAGUGUAAAGAGAUUUAAGAGAAUGUUGACAUUCUGUCCUUCCUCUAGUGAGCUCUCUUCCAAGCUAAAAAAGAGACGUGCAAAGAUACAGAAAGUUUUCGGAUCUAAGAUUAGGUAUAAGAGAUGCUCAAUGCAGGCUCUUGUAGACAAACUAAAUACCAUCAGAGAGAAUUCACCAAUGAAACUUGAUAAUGAACGCAAAUCGUAGCAAAUGUCUUGACUUGUAAUGUGCCAUUUUUCUAAGAUUUUUGAAGGGUAAUGUGCUAUUUGCUUCUAUACUUCUUGAAUAUGAGAAUAUAAAAGAAUUACAUUAAAAAGGCAAGAAUGUCAGAAUUAUGUUAUAAUAUUUAGAUAGAGAACUUUGUUUUCUAUUUAUUAUAACAUUUAUAUUAAGAGAAUUAUAUUACAUGGAAUUUUUAAAUAGAUAUUUAACUUUAUUCUCAAAUCGCUAAAUUUACAUGUGUUCUGAAGUACAAGGGAAUAAGGAUCAUAAAUAAUAAUGAGAAAAUUAAAGGAGAUAAUUAAAUUUUUAUUUGCAUGAAAUUUUGCUCGCUUAUAUUACACACAGAAAAACUAACAGCAUAUAUAUAUCAUAAAGAGCAAUAAUGUAUUUUUAUUUUUUUAGAGUUUCUGUUUCCUCAUUACAACUUGAAUUAUAGCAUAAAAAAAGAAUAAUUUAUAUAAUUCAUUUAGAUAAAAUUUUUUGACAACAUAAUUGAGUCGAGCAAUGAGGGAAUAGAAGCCUUCUAUAUUGUUUGUACCAUACAUUGCAUUUGUAGUUUAGGUUUAGUUGAAAUUUACACAUAUAUUAUUAAGUGACAAAUGAAAAGAUGUACAUUUUUUAUAAAUAUAAUGAAUAUGUGUUCAAAAGAAA